AUGAGGCUGCCGUUACUGGCGUUUCUACCUUUAAUCGCUGCAGAAUCAUUCGUUUACCUACAUCCAGUGAAUCCCAAUCUACAUCCUAGGGAUAUGUAUCCCAUUCAAAGGAGCCUCAGAGGGUUCAACAAAGUCCGAGAUCUACCUCAGUCGGGAAUUGUCUACCUCCAUAGGAUAAAACCACUUUCGAAUGAGUUUAAAGGAACAGCUGUUGCUAGAGCGGACAACACUUUCGUAAGUCAGGCAGCUCCUGCACCAUUGAGAGAGCUCGGAGCAGAACUAAAGAGUGGCGAUGCAACGAUAAGCCUUCCAAGCACGGAAAGCUUUACAACCAAACAAUCACCUCCAUUACUUGUGCCAGCAAGCACGAUUGGCGCAGAAACUGUUGGCGAUUCCGCAUCUGUGGAACGAGUACCUACAACAGAGUCACAAGAAGCUACUACCCAAGCCAUCACAACUACGAGUGAAGAAAUGAUAGAAAUGCUGCCGACAAUGCCACCUAUUCAACGCACAACAACGGAGGAGACGGAAAUGCCUACACAAAGGCCGGAGAAAAAUAUGCUGAAAAUUGCCAUUUCCAAGAAGAAAAACAUAGAACCGAAAGAGUAUGACCUAUCAAGGCAAGCCGAAGUGGAUCUAGAACGUCUCAUUGCGGAAUUGAAGGAGCAAGAAGCGGUUGAUCUCAUCGAAGAACAUCCAGCUGCAGCUACUAUUGAUCUACCAAGGGCGGUCAUAAGCGGUCGGCGAACUCGUCCAGGAAACAACAAUGCAAGGCUUGUGCCACUGAGCGGAACUGCCAGGCUUCAUGUAGGUGAAUUUCACCGAAAACGGAGCGAUGCAAAACUGGUCCAGUUAAAAAAGAGAAAGUCAUUCGGUAGAGUCGGCGCCACCGCCACGGCACAAAGAGGACCCGACUUUGAUCCUUGGGAACGGGAACGAAUGGGUCAAGGAAGAACAGCUUAA